AGAGGAAGACUCCAAGUUCCACAAUCCGGCGACAGGCGGGAGAAGCUCAUGAGAUGAUGAGAUGGUUUUAGUGCCCUGAGUCCGUUACUUGCUCUGUCUGCGGCUACAGACGCCCUCGUCAAAUCCUCAAAAUGAAAAGAGCGACGGAAAAUCAAGGAAACACCCGUUCACUUUCAGAUUACUUUUCUCCGAGGAGUAAAGCGAAGGACCAUGCACUCCAGCAGCGCCCCCUACCACACUUUGCGUCUUUUCUCCAGGAGACUCCAAUGAAGCCCUCUCAGGUCCCUAAUCAACUUCCUUACCCACCACCGAGGAGAAUGUUGCCACUUCAGAGUCCCGAGCUGUGCCACAGGGACAGACUGGGUCCACCACGGCAGCCUCCUCAUCAUCUGGGACCAAUCCAUUCAGCAGGUUUUGUUCCAAGCAGUCCAACUAACACUGGUCCCUCAGUGAAUAGACUCCAUCCUACGCCAAGAGACAAACUUGGUUCUCUGCAUCACUCUGCGCAACCUCCAGGGUCUUACUGCUCACGGCUUGCUUCAGUCAACCCAACUAACAGUGGACCUACAGCUAAUAAGUUACAAUCCUCGCAUUCCCUUUCCUCCCACAUCCGGAGAGAUCAAGUGCCUGAGUCCAAGGUCACUUUGUCUUACUCAGGAAGUAAACAUGUAACUGCACAAAGACAAGAAUCAUACAAGGUGCAGUCCAGCGAUGUGAGGAGCGCCACACCUACUGUCCAGCUCCACAGACCCCCUGUGACCUCACCAUAUAACCCCAGAGCAGCUCAAGAAGUUUGCCCACUGCCCCACUCAGACUCGGUACACUGGAGUCCUGGUAACAACCAGUGGCCCUUGAGAGGCUACCAGCCAUCUCCGAAUAACCAGUCUGACAGGAGUGUUAGUUCCAGUUUAACCACCAUGCACAGUGCUGUAGCUCCUUGCCAGGACCAACAACAUAAACAAACGCCUUCAAGUGAAAAGUUAAUUCCAGCAGUGGACUUGAACUCCCAGAAGAGGCACAUGGAGUUUGAAGACUGUAAAAACACUGCCAAGAAACUGUGUCUCCAGAGUGCAAACUCUGGUAAAGCACAGACACCAAACCUCACUGUUGGCAAUUCCCUCUGCACUUCACUGGUGUCUCAGCCAUCAUCUGGGAAUUCUUCAGGCUUGGAACUGUCACCCAAAACCACAAAUAGCCAGCUGUGCACAGAACCAGCAUUUGGCCAGUCAACUUACUUGGAACUAUCAUCCACAUUUAAACCCACCCUGUCAUCCUGUGCAUCACCCAAACCUUGUUUAAAGAGACAAUCAUCAGUGGGCGCAAGCGACAAGCAACCUUAUUUAAAUUCCUCUCAGAAUCAAACUAUGAAGGUAAUAGAGUUGAAGUUGUCUCCAAAGCCAGGUGAAGAAAGUUUGAAGAAAAGAAGCGAGGAAAAGGAUAAAUCAAGCUCUUUGUUAUCCACAGAGGUUCCCCAGAAGGACACUGGUAGCGCACCUGAUUUUCAGUUAGGCAGCUCCCUCUCUGGUCAUCCUCACCGUAGUCCCCCAGGCCUACAACUGAAGACCCCGAGCAAAGGUAAUCAGGAGGAGGAGAGCAGAAAGUCGGACAGUCGCACUCCCAAACCAGUCUCAAAAUCACAUUCAGGUUGUCGCACGGGAGAAAGGAACAAAACUGCCCGCUCACGAAGACCCGUCACAAUCCCUGAUGAUAUAGAUGCACUUUUCACCCCUGAUCCCAUGACCUUUGUGGUCAGCCAUGGCCAAAAGGUUCCAAAGCCCAGGAUAGAUGUGGCAACAAGCAAAGCACACACUUCAGAGAAAAGUUCAUCCAGCACUGUGUCCAGCUCCAGUACCACAGUUACUGGUUCCUUGUGUCGCAAAACACAAAACUCUGUAGUAACUGGUUCUCCUCAUGUAGCGGACACCAAAGUGGCACCUCCCUCUCAAGUCUCCAUGCCAACUGUAGCUUUAGAGCGGGUAAAACUUGAAAACUUGAGAACAUUUUUCCCUAAAGACAGUGAACUCAAAAACAGUCCGAACACUUCUUCGGGCAGGCAGCUUAAAGAUGAGAGUGUUAAAUCUCAUGACAAACACACAUCCCUUCUCCCCAACAAUGUGAGACCUUGCACUAUAGAGACAACCAACGCCGCUGCCUCGGAACGAACUUCUACGCUUCAUUGUUCUCAGUCUCCUCUGCUAGAGAGGCAGGCAAGUGAAGGGAGCAGAAAGCAGGUGAAUGAAGUGGAUCCUAUAGAUGUGGAGCUGGACCUGGGCCUGAGCUUUGCAUUAGAUUUGGAUCUAACACAGAGCUCCCAAAGCAGUGAGGAAGAGCAGUUGCUUUCCCUGCAGGAGAUGAUGGAGCGUGUUACCAAGCCUCCAGAUACACCAGAGAAGGGAGCCUUCUCAGAGCCUAGUACGCCAGGACAUCACAGCAGCCAGUCAAAAACUCUGCCAUUGCCAUCCAAUACAAAGACAGGCAUCUACAAGAACAAUCUCGAUCAGAUGCUGAAGGAAAUAAACAACAAUAAAAAAGCUAAAGAGAUUGAGAUACAACUUCUAACUGCGUGUAAAGAGGACCUGUUGCGAAUAGCUGAAUAUGAGGAGGCUGAGGAGAACCGGGAGGAGGGCAUCUCCUCUGAACACCAGGAAUUCCUGCAGCGCUACUCGUUGAUGUCCAGUGCCAUCAGGGAAGUGCCUCCAGGAGAAGUGGUGUUCAACCUGGAGAAAUUUGGCCGAAUCUUCAACCAGAAUACGCUGCAGCUCAGACAAUGCAUGGUCAAUCCACAGGGGACGGCACAGAAAACGCUGCUUUGGUCCAGCCCUGCUCAGCUAAGAUUGCAUGUAAAUAUUGGAUUGUUCCAGGAAGCUUACGACUGUCGCUCGCCCUGUCCAACUCAGGUUACCCGUUUCCUAUUCAAGAUGAUGUCCGUCCAUAAUGAGAGGAUGGUAUCUGAAAAGCUACUACAGUCUCUCUGUGACAUCGCCUGCACUGCUGCUUAUCAGAUAGUGAAAAAUGGAAACCAGCAGUUUAAAGUGUGGGUGCCCAGUUUGGCCGAUGUGUCUCUGGUCCUGAUGAAUAUGGGAGUUGCGUUUGUUACUCUCUUCCCUUUUGAGAAUCUGCAGCCUCCAUUCACAGAGGGAGAUUUGCUGGAGGACAUCUACAUCAAAAGUGAGAGUCCCUCCAGUAACGGGGAACAGAGCACUUUCCCUGAACACAACUGCAACAGCAUCUUGAAGUACCUGUCUUACUGCAUGGACCUCUGUCCUCGGGCGUACAGCGACAGUGAGCUGCUUUUGCUGCUAACUGUGGUGGGAAGGGUGGGCCUGGACACACGGCUCAUGCUCCAGUCCAGCGUGGAGCUGUACCCAUUACAGUACAAAAUUGUCAACAACAUCAGGGAUUGGAGCAACAUGCUGCCCAGAAUCUGUCUGGCCCUCACUGAUCUGACAGAUGAUCAUCACAACAUGUGCCUGCUAGUUCAACUGCUGCCUGACAACACACGUGGAAAGCAACUGCGUCGCCAUCUGAGCCUGUCCAUGAUCUCGAAGCUGUUGGAUGGAAAUUGUACUUACAGACCUACAGAAAAAGAGAUUCGGCUUUCUGAACUGAGGCCGUAUCUGCCCCGCAUGCAACCUUCCACCCUUCUCCGAGGCAUGCUGAGCUCCUCCAGCAGAGGUCAGAAAGAUAGAGAUGACAUGACCAUCUUAGACCAGCAGUCCUACUACCUCUGUUAUAGCCUUCUGACACUGGCAAAUGAAGCUUCAAAUUUUCAGUUCUUCCCAGCUCAUCAAAAGGAGCAACUGCUGUAUAUGUGCUCUGAGCUGGAAACGCACGUCAAAUGUGACAUCAGAGAGAGCGAGAAAUGUCUUUACCGGAGCAAGGUAAAGGACCUGGUGGCCAGGAUCUACACCAAGUGGCAGAUGCUCCUUCAGAGAACCAGGCCUCUCCAUGGUAAAUUGUAUGAUUAUUGGAAGCCUUUGCCUGUGGAUACAUUGACAUCCAGCCAAGAAGAGCAGGAGAUUGAGGUUGACAACCGUGUUGAUGAAGAGGGGCCUGUGAUGGUGGAGGAUGAAGAAGAAACCAGUGGAACAGAAGCUAAUGAGGCUCUUAUAAUCUCUGAAGAGAACAAAGAUGGCGACAAUAUGAUGGAUGACAAAAUCGACACAGUGGACAACACAAAGUCGGAAGAAAUGGAGGGAGACGAUAUGAUGGAUGACACAAAUGAAACUGAGGACACGACAGAAUUGGCACUUGGGGAGUUGAGCCAUGAGACGCCAGAGAUGGAGCCUCAAGUACACGAGGAGUCUGAAGCGAUGGAAGAGCAAAUAACAGCCGGAAACAUCGAACAUAAUAAAGCAGAGACUGAGAAUCCCAAUGAGACAAGAGAAGUUUGUCAACGUGAGCAGGUAGCAGCAUGUGAUUCAGUGUCAUAGAGAUUUUUCAGGACUUCAGUAGCCGUUGCCUUAAUGCUGAGCUCAAUUUGCACUAUUUUGCAUAUCUGUAACCUCCAAGGUUCAUUGUCAGUCCAAACAUUAAUUGUGUAUUUAUCAAUUAAACCAUUCUAGAAGAGAUUGCAAAGUUUCGUGAGGGCUUUUUCUACUUUUUGGUUAGUAAUGCACAAGAAACAAAACAUUGUUUAAUGUAUCUUGUUAAAGACUGUAAAUUACUUAAGUUGUGUGCAAUGUGUAAAAAUGUGGAUAUGUUUGUCCAUGGUACAUAUACAUACUGCAGCUGAGUGCCUCAGUGUGUUUCUCAUAUUCACGUGUUUAAAAUUGAAUAAUUUCUUAAAUAGUGCAUAAUUUAUUGGCGUUAAUGUUUACUUUAGCCUGUCUAAGUAACUGAAAGCUGACCAUACGUGUCAUGUGAUUCAGAAUAACUGAGUGUUGUUUAGCUUGAUCUCAGAUGUGUCGGCCUUCAUUGUUGGCAGGAUCUGUGGCAUGAAAUAUGGUCAGGAGCAAUUUGCUGAUGUACAUUAUGUGAUUUGUUGAUUCAUUGUUAGAAUUUCACUGUUGUGUUGAAUGUGUGCUUGUUAAGUUUUCCUUUUUUUAAAUAUUUUUUUAAUGAAUAUUUUAUAGCUGUUGCCAAAUACAAAAAAUAAACUUUAUUUACAUGGUAA